AAAGCAAAGCGCGCGGCAGACGGUCUUCGCGCGCCGAGCUAUCUGGUUGGCACUCGCGUCGAGUCGGGCACUUUAUAUUCGAAUUGACGUCGCACGUCUUUCGUAUCUCGUUUGAUCCUCGUGUUUCACGUUGACCACGUUCGCGUCAGUUUCGUUGACGAGUUUUGUGCUCUGUUCGGUUGAAACGCGCGAUUCAAAAAUCGCAGUUAGUUCGUUCCCUGAAGGAAGUUAGACAGUGAUUUUUUUGUGAUGUGCAUGGAAUCAAGUCACCUCAAGAUGACGAUCGCCUGGGUCUGCCUCGUCGCCUUGUUUUGUUCGACGGCUGUUAAAGGAUCAAAGUCAAACCUGGUCGUCGACAUCGAACCGAAACGACAGACGGCGGUGAGGUUAGGCGAGAGUCUGCAGAUUUUAUGCAGAGUCGGUAGACCUCUUCAAGUAUGCCGUGUCGAGAUACCUGGCGAAGGUGGCGGUAUGGUUUUGUCUAAAGGACAACCACCCGAAGAUGGUAUCGAGUAUUAUGGGGAGGGUACCGAUGCAGGCCAAUGCGGCGUCCGCAUCACCAAGAUCAAGGAGAUCCAUGACGGUAUUUUCAAGUGCACUCUGACACCCACCGACAGUCGAACGGAAGUUCAAGCAUCUGUGAAAAUUAUUGUUGCUAAACCACCGAGCAAUCCUGAGCUUCUGACAAGUCCUGGAUCGUACAGCAGAAGUAUAUACAGAAAAGGGGAAAAGCUGGAAGUGAGUUGCAGCGCACCGUCCGGAAGACCUGCUGCAAACGUUUCUUUAUUCCUUGAUGACGAACCUAUCGGUAAUGAAGAGAGACCGACGAUUUACGACUCGAAUUUGGAUGACAACUCGUUGGCUGUGCAAAAUGCAUCCCGCAGUUUGGAUUGGACGGAUAAUGGUAAAAUUCUUCGAUGCGUCGCCAACCAUAUUGCUCUUGACAAGCCGAAGGAAACUACCAUGCAACUGCAAGUUUACUAUCCUCCGCAACCACAACCAACCAUCGAACGUUUCGGAUACGUGAUUGGACGACAAGGUAUCGUGAAUGUAACCGUUUUUGCGAAUCCUAGGCCACGUUUCUUGUGGAGAGUGAACGACGAAAAAAUCAGCGAGGGUCAUCCAGACGAGAGCACCCGAAUUGAGACCUCAACUGCUGUUGAUCUGGGAAGAGGAGCGUGGAGCGUUAUCCUGACGAUCGAUAGUGUUCAAAAAUCCGACACGGACAAGGUAUACAUUCUGGAAGCCCGCAACGACGAAGGAGCUAACGAAUACCAUAUCGUUUUGUCGACAUCCACAGAACCCGCAGUUUACUCCGAAAUUUCAGGCGUCGAUUUAGAUGCUGGUUCAAUCAUCGGCAUCGUGGUCGGAGUCCUGGUGCUAAUUCUCAUCGUUUUCAUACUAAUUUUUGCCCGUGCGACCGGACGCUGGUGCUUCGCAGGUACCUCAACGUCUCGGAACCUUGGCGAGUCAAGCGAUACAGAAAGUGCCGGCCGUUACUCGAGAACGGAAGUGGAUGGAUCGAAGGGCGGGAAAAAAUCGAAAAUCAGUUUGUCGCGGCUGUUCAAACGCAACAAGGAUAAAGUAUCGGGUGCUGACACGGAUACUAUGAGAACUGUCGUUACUGUCGACGAUGAAAAGCUUCAGAGCUCAGUGCCGGCUACACAAGAGAAUAAACCUAAUCCUUCGACGGGUGAAGGAGGAAUAGUUUAUGCAGAGCUGGACUUGACGCAGCAACAGCAAGGUGUCGUUGCUCCUCGUGUUCUCAACGAAGAUAAAACAGAAUACGCGGAGAUUCUGUACACGAAACCAGCAACAGAGGAAGAAGCGCCUAAAGAAUAAAAAGAGAAAACGAUCGUUCGCGGUUGAACGUAGAUUUUGCAAACAAUCAAACGUUUAUGUUUUCAUCAUUAACAAACACGCGUUUCGUUGUGGCGAUCCUUUUCAGUUCAACGAGAAUAGAAAUAAGAAAUCAUUUGUUUUGUCAUACGUGCAUAUGCGUUUUAAUUUAUUUUUUUUUUGUAGAGAACUUGAAAAAUGUAAGUGUACGAUGAAACAUUAAUUUUUUUAAUGUCAGUUGCAAUAGUAAUGUAAUUUAAAUGGGAAACAAUCGUACUUAUUUUCAAUAAUUUUUUAACUUUUAGAUUACGGGUCGUUAAGGAUGCAAUAAUUUAAAAUUAAUUUUAGGCUAUUGUUACUUCUUAAAUUUUGUAAUUGUUAGCAAAUGUAAGAAUAAUUUAAGGCUUUAGUUGAGAAAAA